AUGGCCCUAUCGCCCUCGGACUCCAGUGCAAAUGCACGUAACAUCCUGGGCCGCCCUACGCAGUAUUCGUGGAUGCAACAGUCGUCGAUGCUCUCACAGCCACCCCUUCGUGCCUCUGGAAAACACGCCCUGCGACAAGGUCCCACUCCAAUUGCCAGCGACCCGGACACGGUCCAAUACGAGAGUCCCGCAACUGUGCCCCUGCAAUCUCCUCCUCCUCACCAAGUCCGACACAUGCAGGAGAAUGAGAUACCUGAUGCCUCCAAUGCGAGGAACUUUCUCCCUUCGCCCACUCCCAGCGACCACGACAAGUCACCGAGCCCGCCCGCUGCUCGUCAACCUCUGAACGAACCUACUGCUCAUCACUCUCCGAGCCAGCCUGCUCUGCACCAAGCUCCAGCCCAGCCUGCUGCCCUCCUCGCCGGAAAUAGACCUAUCUCUACCACAUCUUCCUCACGACAACCGAGCAUAUCCACCCCAAGUCUGCCACGUCCCUCGGCAUCGGCUACUCCCACGGCGCAUACCCAAUCUCCCCUCUCCAACCACAACAAUGCCCCGCCCUUCGGUCCUCAGUGGUCUCUCGUCUUCCAAAGCGGCGAGUGCACCAAGCGCCUAUCUGACUUCGCCAAGGCUCACGGCAACCUGAGCGAUGCUGACCUUGAGAGAUUGGGUAUUCUUUAUGAUGCCACAACUCAGAACGACUGGUACUUCAUCAUCCUGCUCAUGCUCCUGGCUUGCCACUCUUUGAAUCUCCCAUCACUUCAAUCCGUCCAAGCUCAUCUUCCAAAACACAGCCUCCCCAUGUUUGCGAGGCUUCUGGGAGAACAAUGGGAGGGUGGCGCUUCCUUGAGCAACGAAGUUCAGGUCUUUAUUAGCAGCUUUCCCAAGCCUCUGGACGAGCUGAGAGCCUGUUUGACUGAUCAAUCUUUCAUGCUGGCCGUUCGCCAUAUUGCCAGCUGUCUCUAUCAAAUAACAUUGAAUCUAGACCGUGUGCUCUUGCAGUGCCGCCAGGCAGAAACGCUUCCGACUGUAACGGACCUCAUCGGAGGCCUUGGUAUCCGUUCGCUACUGUUCCAACGAGCAACAUUUCGCUUUCUUCUGCGUAACACCUGGGGCUCGGACAGUGGUCCGAUGGCCGAACUUGCUAUGCGGGAAUUCAUGAUCGAACAACAAAGAUUUGGGGCCGAGNGGGGCCAAUCGACAGAAGUGCGUGGUCAUCAGCAGAAUGUUUACCGCUCCAUCUUCCACCAACACGUACGAUCUACUCAACUUCCGCAUGCUCAGUCGAACCCAGCCACAAAUCUGGCCAACACUACCUCGAUCACUGCUACAGCAGCACAGCAACCCGCCCUUGCUCCAGCUGUGCCUACCUUUCACAACAUUGGGAUGCCUCAGUCACAGUCGCCUCGUCCUGGUCAGAAUCGCGUCCCACCAUCCCAUCAAGCUCAGGCGCCGAUACCAACCAGUCCGCAAUCGCAAACCACUCAGAUGGAGGCGCAGAUGCGUACACAGCGGGAAAUGCAAAUGCGUGCUCGAGCCCAAGCACAGGCUCUGGCACACGCGCACCCACAGCCGCACGCAGUCCAGUCUCCACUUCCUGCUCACUUUCAAAACCAGCAACAACAAGGUGCUUCACUCCCAGCUUCGGCCUACUUCCAAAAUCCUCAAUUUCAACAAGGCGUGACUGCACUGCCGCAUACCGCACUUCAUGACGCCGCCCAGAUGCAAGCACUGAUGAUGUAUCAACAACAGAUGCUUCCGCAACAGCCCAUUCUGCCUUCGAAUUCGCCGUCGACUCCCUCACUUUCAACUCGAAUGUCUCGUCCACAGCAAGGACGAUCAAACCCACCCNCUCGUCUGUUCUUUCCAGGACCAAACCCCGCCGUCNCCCAGCCUGCUCACCCGGACUAUCGCCGAUCAGCGCUUCAUCAAGCUCACUUGCGUAGUCCUGUUCUUGUACCAAAGAGGCCUGACACUUCGAACUCUGCCGCAACCAACGACCACUAUCGUCGUGUUGUGGGCUUUGCCCUUCCGCCUCAUAAGCUAACGAUCAAACCGGUCCAAGAGAUCCCGUUUCAUCUCCCGUCACAAGUUGUUGGACGACUUUUGAAAGUGAAAAUGAGCGCCGACGGCGAUCCUCCGUUCGGGGAAGCCGACAUCAACUCGAUAAUGUUAAGACUCAAAUGCUGCGAAGUCUCGCUAUCACAACCACUCCCAAAUGAGAACAGAUGGGUCCUUCUUGACGGCAGCUGGCCAGUCCAGGCUUACUUUGCAGUCAAUCAGAACCCACUUGAACCAAGACGCAAGUUGCAUCACGGCCGCUACCUCCCUAUCGACAUCACACAUUGCGUCAGUGCGGACCUCAACAAACUUGUUGUCAGAGUAAACCGAUCAAAGUACGACAAAUCACCUUUCAAUUAUGCAGUCGCUAUUGAAGUCGUUGGCUUUGCCACUCGCGACAGUAUCAAAGAGGCUUGCAUGAAGCGACUCGUUCCUUCCGAAAAGAUUUUGGACUCAAUCNAAAAGUCUCUCACUAGCGACGACGAGGAUAUUGUCAUGCAGUCCAACUUUACACUGCAACUCUACGAACCCUUCUCCAAUGCCAGAAUCUUUGAUAUUCCGGUUCGCAGCCGAGAUUGUUUGCACAAGCAAGCUUUCGACCUCGACGUUUUCUUGGAAACUCGUCUUGAGCAACAAUCUCAGCCGCCCAAAGACCGCAUCAGUAAGGUUGACGCAUGGAAAUGUCCCAUUUGCAAGGCCGAUUCUAGGCCGCAGAGCUUAAUAGUUGAUGGCUUCCUAAUGACCGUCCGCGAAACUCUUGCAGCCAAAAACAUGCUGAAGACACGCGCUAUCAAUAUUGAGAUUGAUGGCUCUUGGAUGCCUAUCCCAGAAAGCAACGACGAUGAGGAGNACCGAAGACGAGGCAGCCACAGCACCCAAAAGAGCAUCGCAGUCAUUCUCAUUGAUGAUGACUAG